CCGGCUUUUGCCUACGUUGCUGGUCCAUACAGUGGGCGUGGAUGUGCUCACAUCUGCCACUAUGCUUCCAGCUGUGCUCACGAUGCCGACUUACCGUGUCGUGCUGCUGUUCUGCCUGGCGUGGCACAUGCUGCCGGGAGCCCAGGGCUACAAGAAGCGAGGACCUACAGUGACUGCCAAGGUCUUCUUUGAUAUAAGGAUUGGAGAGCGGAAUGCUGGAAGAAUUGUUAUUGGUUUAUUUGGGAAAGUUGUCCCUAAAACUGUAGAAAACUUUGUUACCCUGGCAACUGGUGAAAAAGGAUAUGGCUACAAAGGGAGUAAGUUUCACAGGGUGAUUAAAGAUUUUAUGAUUCAAGGAGGAGACUUCACAAAGGGAGAUGGGACUGGAGGAUACAGCAUUUAUGGAGAGUCUUUCCCAGAUGAGAACUUCAAGCUGAAUCAUUAUGGUAUUGGUUGGGUGAGCAUGGCAAAUGCAGGGCCAGAUUCCAAUGGUUCACAAUUUUUCAUUGCCACAACAAGACCUCUGUGGCUAAACGGAAAGCAUGUGGUAUUUGGGAAAGUUCUGGAAGGCAUGGCCAUAGUUCAUUCAAUAGAACUUCAACAAACGGAUAAACGAGAUCGUCCUUUACAAGACUGUGUGAUUGUGAACAGUGGCAAAACUGAUGUCAAGAAACCAUUUGUAGUUGAAAUAGAAGACUGGCGAGAUUGAAAAGAUUAAUAACUUUAUGACAAUAAAUGUAAAUAUGUAUACCACAACCUAUUCAGAUUUUUUUGUUUAAC